GUUUGUUUCACUGGAAAACCGAGUGGUAGAGCCACUGCAGUGGGUGUUGUCAUUUAUAGAGUAGAAAAUUUGAGCUUUCGUUAUUUCGGCACUGUCAUUUGUGAAGAUUUCAAGCUUCAUCAUUUCAGUAUCAUCAUUAGAGAUUUAAGGCUUAGCUGUUUCG